UCUCCAAAGGUUUCAUUUCAGUAGCUGACGCUACAGGAAUAGUACUUCUCCACGUUUUUUCCUGAUACAUCUACCAACUUGCAGCUUCUCUGAUCUGCGACGAAUGGAAACAUGGCCCACUACGAAGAAAUAAACGUGCGUGGCUACACUGAAUUCUGCCAGGCAGUGUCAGAAAGGAAGGGAAAGGACAUAUUUGCCUAUUUCUGUGGCGAUAAAGACGAACAGGGGAAGAGCUGGUGUCCAGAUUGUGUGACAGCUGAGUCCAUUUUAAGAGCAGAAAUGAGUCACCUCCCCGAGGGCUCGGUCUUCAUCUACUGUCAAGUUGGUGGAAGGACCUAUUGGAAGGAUCCAAACAACGACUUCAAGAGGACGCUGAAGCUGACUGGGGUGCCCACCCUCCUGCGAUAUGGCACACCUCAAAAGUUGGUGGAGGAGGAAUGCUUCAAAGCAGAGCUGAUGAGGAUGAUGUUCACUGAAGACUGAAAGAGAGAACAUGUGCCUCAUUCAUCAACAGCCAACUUGUUCCUAAUAAGUCCAGAACAUCAUCUUGCUCUAUAUGCAGUCAUUUCAUAAUUUCAGUCCAUUUAAUCAUAUUGUAAUAUUUUUUAUGUGUAUAAUCUAUGUUGAUGCCUUGCAACAGCCUUUGAAGUUAUGUUGUUGUUUCUAUCGGUUUUGUAAUGAACACUAGGGGGCGAUAUAUCAUUAUGGAUAGUCAUGCAACUCCCAUCAGAAACUACUGAUUUGGACAUUUUUGCUGAUUAUUUGUUGAAAACAUUUUACAAGCCUAUAAAAACAUCUUAAAGUUAAUAUCCAAAUCAGAGCCUAACACAUUUUAAUAUAUGUUUAUUUACGGACACAAAAUAAU